CGAAGAGGGACAUUCCAUAAUUUGCGACGCAUCCCACCAUCGCUGCGAUUGCCUUACGAGAUUGGCCCAAAAGUAAAAGCUCCAGCUUCGAUCAUACCAAUUGACAACAUAUCUCGCACAGUGAGCUGGUUACACAGACCCCGUCAUAGUCUAACAACACCCACAUCCUCGAGCAUACAUCCAGCUCAAUCGCAAAAAUGAAACCCACCUGGUGGCCCGGCGAACAACAUGAAGCCUUCACCGAAUGGGCUCUCGCCCAAGGCAUCCUCAUCAAUGGAGUCAGUCCCGCGCGAUUUUCCGGACGAGGACUGGGCAUGAUUGCCACACGGCAUAUAAAAAAAGACGAAGCGAUUGUAACAGUACCCCACGAAGCAAUGUUGACUCCCUUUCGCAUCCCACCCUCUUUCUCCAGCAAAUUCCCUGCCGGAACCCCUACCCACGCUCUCUACGCCGCAUAUCUCACCAACGGCGAACCCUCCGACCUCGAACCCUACACGCUCUGGCGACGCACCUGGCCCACCCGUGCAGACUUCGAAGAAAGCAUGCCCAUCCUCUGGCCCACCUCUCUACGGCGCUCAAACUCUCAGCACCUCUCGCCUGCGUCUGAUAACCUCCCAGAACCAAACUCCUCCGUCGUCGUCCUUCCCCCGUCAAUAUCCGGCCAAUGGAACACGAUCCCAACGCCGCAGCGAUGCGCUGUCCCCGAUUACGAGACCUUUCACCAGAAUCUGCUCGCGCAACAGGAACAACGCUUGCGCAGAGACUGGGACAUCGUGGUCUCCGUGUUUCCCGACACAGAGUGGGAGCAGUUCUCGUAUCAUUGGCUGAUCGUCAACACGCGGAGCUUUUACUAUCUGAUGCCGGGCCAGGAACCGCCAGAGGAUCGAAAUGACGCCAUGGCUCUGCUGCCGUUUGCGGACUAUUUUAAUCAUUCGGAUGUAGCGUGCAAUGUCAAGUUUGACGGGCGGAACUAUGUGUUUCGAGCUGCUAAGAAGUAUGAUGAGGGAGACGAGAUCUAUAUGAGUUAUGGUCCUCAUCCGAAUGAUUUCUUAUUUACUGAGUAUGGUUUCUACUUGGAGGAAAACGAGUCUGAAACUUUAUAUCUUGAUGACAUUAUUUUCAAAGAUCUUAACCCCAGCCUGCUGGAAGAGCUGGAAUUUCAUCAAUACCUAGGAAACUAUCAAUUGACAGCCGGUGGUAUAUGUUACAGGACCGAAAUAGCCGCUUCCAUCACGUACAUGUCGCUCAAGGACUGGCAAGAUCAUGUACUCGGUUACUCCAUCAAGGGAGUGGAUGACAAAAAGUCGGCGAGCGUGAUUCGGGACUGGAUUAGCACUUAUAUCAAGGAGGCAGAUACCACAAUCCGGCAUCUGGAAGAGAUUUUGUCCACUGAAGGCGACCAGUGCCAUCCAGGAAAGGCACAAAUGCUCUUGAGACGAUGGAACCAGAUAAGACGGCUCUGUUGUCGAGCUCUGGACACGUUUCUCUGCUAGGAAUAGAGGCAUGGUUGAAAUAAGCGUAUGGAG